UCCCCAAAAAAAGCACCCAGAGCCCCAGGGGCAAGGCAAAGCUGACAGGUGUGGGAGGCAGUUGAGCCCUGGAUCCUGACCACAGCAGGGCAGUUGGCAGAUGUGCCUCUGGGACAGAACCCCAGGGGUAACGGUCAUGGACUCUGGAAGGGGCCUGGCUGGGGGCUGGGGGCAGGGACCAGAGGAUGAGGAUGGGGCCACAUGGACUGGGGUGCACUGGGAUAGCUGCUGCCAGCGAGAGGGACCAGGGCACCACUCUCUAGGGAGCCCACGCUGCAAGUGAGGCCACAGGGACCUCCGACCGUGAGGGCCGAUGAGGCCAGGGACAGGCCAGGGGGGCCUUGAGGCCCCUGGUGAGCCAGGCCCCAACCUCAGGCAGCGGUGGCCCCUGCUGCUGCUGGGUCUGGCCGUGGUAACCCAUGGCCUGCUGCGCCCAACAGCUGCACUGCAGCACAGGGCCCUGGGCCCUGGAGCCCCUGGAGGAAGCAGCCGGUCCAGCCUGAGGAGCCGGUGGGGCAGCAGGUUCCUGCUCCAGCGCGGCUCCUGGACUGGCCCCAGGUGCUGGCCCCGGCGGUUUCAAUCCAAGCAUAAUUCAGUGAUGCAUGUGUUUGGCAGCGGGACCCUGCUCACCGUUUUAAGUCAGCCCAAGGCCGCCCCCUCGGUCACUCUGUUCCCGCCGUCCUCUGAGGAGCUCCAAGCCAACAAGGCCACACUGGUGUGUCUCAUGAAUGACUUCUAUCCGGGAAGCUUGACGGUGACCUGGAAGGCAGAUGGUACCCCCAUCACCCAGGGCGUGGAGAUGACCACACCCUCCAAACAGAGCAACAGCAAGUAUGCGGCCAGCAGCUACCUGAGCCUGACGCCCGAGAAGUGGAGGUCCCGCAGAAGCUACAGCUGCCAGGUCACGCAUGAAGGGAGCACCGUGGAGAAGACAGUGGCCCCUGCAGAAUGUUCAUAGGUUCCCAGCCCCCACCCCACCCACAGGGGCCUGGAGCUGCAGGAUCCCAGGGUAGGGGUCUCUCUCUGCAUCCCAAGCCAUCCAGCCCUUCUCCCUGUACCCAGUAAACCCUCAAUAAAUAUCCUCUUUGUCAACCAGAAA